AUGUAUGCCCUGAAGCGGAUGUGGCGCGAUGAAUCGCUCGACCUGGAGGCUGACCUGAGGUCUAGUAAUCUACCUGAUGGGUCUCCCGUUCUACAUAUUGAGGGGUCCAGAGAUGCUUAUCCUCGUGACGAGACUCUCAACGUGAUCCGGCGAGGCAUCACGGCGAAACCAAAGGAUUCGGAACCGGGACAGGACGACAAUCGGAAGAAAAAGAAGAAGCUUGCAAACGACGUGAAUGUGGACGACCAAAACGUGUCCAUAUUUCCGUGGACGUACACCCUUAUGACGACGCGUGGUCUUGUCCUUAAAUGUUUCAAUAAUGCCCCUCUUCUCGUGAGCGCCAUGCGCGAUGCCAUCGAAGGGCAUAGAGACCUGUGGUUCCGUGGCGUCCUGCAUAGGGAUAUCAGCCCAGGAAAUAUCAUCAUUACACCCGUUAAGUCGGGGUGCCUGGUCGAUCUUGAUCACGGGAAGGGAUUCAAGAAAAUGAUUGACUGUCCUGCCCCGCGGAAUGAUAUCACACAAAAGAUACCCGACUACAUCACCACCGUGCCUGGUCCCGAACAUAGCUCCUGGCCUGAUACGGACGAUGGAUCGGAAGAUUGUCUUAUGCGCACGGGUACAAAGUCGGUCAUGAGCGGGGAACUUAUCUCUCCUGCCAGAGCACCAUACCACCCCGGCUUCAAUCGUUACGUCGUCGUACAGGGUGUCAUCCAUGACAUCGAAUCUUUCUUUUGGGUUCUCGUUUACCUCUGCCUCACACGCACAGGUAAAGGUCAAUGGCGCGACGAACUGCUCAAGGAUCCGCCCGAGGACGACGUCGCGAAAAAGAUUCUGCAUAACAUCGUUUACUGUUUAUACGACUCGUCGGAGGAGGCAGUGUUGAAGGACAACAAAGCUGCCCUGUUUCUGAUGCCUGACCACAUGGAGAACCACAUCGUUAAAGCCUUCCAUCCCGACCUGAUAUGCUUGCAACCGCUCGUGCUGAGUUGGUGGAAAUUGCUCGUUUUCUCGUACAGGACGUACAAUGAUCUUACACCGGGAGUUAUACACGCGCAAGUUCUCAAACUUUUCGACGAGGAAUUGAAAGGUAUCAAACAGCAAUUCGAGGCGCAAACGCUUGAUGCGGCUCGCUCUAGCGCAGAAAGCCAGCCGGCAUCCGCAUCCGAGGGGCGCGUCGGCGAUGGCUCGCGAACGACGGCUCCAGAAUUCAACAUCAGCCCCCCCAGGCCGAAGGCAAGACGCACAUCGCGGCGGUAUAACGGGGAUCCUCCACCGGAUCCGUUCGACGUGGUGUCUGACCCCAAUACACGAUCCAAUACCGGCUCUCACACCCCUGCGCCCAAGAGGGCGAGAUUGGAGGACAAUUAA